UUUCGACGUGCAGUGCUGGCUAACGCAAGAUUCCUCACCCUCCACACACGUGUUUUCCGCACGAACGUUUGAUUUUAUUUGUCCGACAAAUAUUCACAUAUAUAAUGGCCGACGUUGCUGAAACUACCGUUCCCGAGGUUAAGGAGCCUGUGGAGGAGGUGACCAAAGCAGAGGAAGUCGCAGCCGAGGAGCCCGAAGCCAAGAACGGCGAUUCCAAGGAAGAGCCGGCUUCGGCGGCCGACGGAGACUUCUCCAAACAAGAACGCGCCAUUAUUCGGCAAGUAGAGUAUUACUUCGGGGACGCGAAUCUGAAUCGGGACAAGUUCUUGCGCGAGCAGAUUGCCAAGAACGAGGAUGGGUGGGUGCCCCUCUCAGUGCUGAUCACAUUCAAACGGCUGGCCACGCUGUCCACCGACUUCGAUGAGAUCAUUGCCGCCCUGAACAAGUCCGACGAGGGCCUGGUCCAGAUCAGCGAGGACAAGCAGUCGCUGCGUCGCCACCCCGAGCGACCCAUCCCAGAGCACAACGAAGAGCGUCGCAAGGAGAUCCAGGAGCGCACUGCCUACGCCAAGGGCUUCCCCCUGGAUUCGCUGAUAAGCGAGCUGCUCGACUUCUUUGCCUCGUACGAGAAGGUGGUUAACAUCACCAUGCGCAAACACUACGACAAGCCCACCAAGUCGUACAAGUUCAAGGGCAGCAUUUUCCUCACCUUCGAGACCAAGGAUCAGGCCACGGCAUUCCUGGAGAAGGACAAUAAAGUGGUAUACAAGGAGCGCGAGCUUCUCCGCAAGUGGCAGAUCGACUACCUCAAGGAGAAGCAGGAGGAAUAUCAACUGAAGAGCGAGAAGAAACAGAAAAAGAAGGAGGCCAAGGCCGAGCCCGCCAUCGAACUGCCCAAGAACGCGAUUGUGGUCUUCGAGGGGGCUCCGGAGACGGUGUCCCGUGAGGAGAUCCGCGAGGCUUUUGAAAAGGUGAAGGACUUUGACAUCGCCUACAUUGAGUUCAACAAGGGCGACACCAAGGGCUCGGUGCGACUCACCGAAGCCGACGCGGCCGAGAAAUACAUUUCCAAGGUGGAGGAGGGCAAGCUCAAGUUUAACGAGGAAGUCACACUGACCCUCCGCAAGGCCACCGAGGACGAGGAAAAGACGUUCCUGGACAAGGCCGUGGAGUUCAUGAAGAAGCGCCGCGACUUCAGCCGGAACAAUAAGAACAAGCGCUUCGGCCGCAAGCGCCACGGCGGCAACGACAACCGGCAGGGCAAGAAGUCGCGGGCAGAGUAGGACCUCCUGUCCCCAGCCCAUGCUAGACUUUGCAUACGUGUUACUCCGUAGAUCUAGUUGACUUAGAUGUAAGCUCUUAAGUGUACGUAUUGUACGCAGUACGUUUUCCUGUAGUUUGCGAAAAUAAUCGUAGGAUAGUACACAGAAAGUAUCUCUGAAGAGUAUACGUAUGUUUGGUUUGAUAUCAUUAUUACGAGAUGAACUCUAAUUUAUUUUAUGUUACUUAAAACAACUACGAUUUAAUCAUUUUCCUCAAAAGAAAGAAAUAAAGAAAGAAAGAGAGAGUCCUGACCAAACAA